AUGAAUUAGAAUACUCAUAUUAACUUAAUGGACGAAGAUUCAGAGAUGAAAUAAGUGGGGAAUUCAGAAAUUCAAAUCAAUGAAGAAUUGUGCAAUAUUUAAGAAAAAUUAAAUAUAGAGAAUACUGAGAUAUAUUUUCCUCACAAACCUUAUGAUGUUCAAGUAAAGUAUAUGGAAAGCGUAGUCCAAAUAUUAGAUAAGAAAUAUAAUGGAUUGUAAGAUAAUCUUAACUAUCAAACAUUAGAUUAGAAUCUCCAACCGGAACAGGUAAGACUUUAUGUUUGUUAUGUUCAACUAUGGGUUGGCUCCAUAAACAUAGAAAAGAGCAAAAGAAAUCUGGUACUCCUAGCAAUUUAAAAAUAAUUUAUGCUUCAAGAACUCAUGCACAAUUACAAUAAGUAGCUUAAGAAUUAAAGAGAACUGUUUAUGCACCAAAUAUAUCUAUGGUUGGUUCAAGAGAUUAAUAUUGUUUAUUAGAUUUUUCUAAUUUGAAAGGAAAUUCUUUAAUAUAAGCUUGCAGAAGGUUGGUUAAAAGAAAUAGGUGUUAAUUUUAUGACAAAGAAUCUUUACCAAAUAUAGCUGCUAAAAAUUGUAAAUUGAUCAAUUCUUUAGAAGAAUCUAAAUAAUUUGGGCAUAAUACUAAGACCUGCCCUUAUUACUUUGAAAGAGAAAGAUUAGCAAAUGCUGAUUUAAUAUUAUUACCAUACAACUAUUUACUAGAUAAUGAAUUUUCAAAUAUUGUUAAUACAGAAAACUCAAUUAUUAUUUUUGAUGAAGCUCAUAAUGUUCCUAAAACUGCUGAAGAUGGAUAAUCAUUUUUUAUGAAUGAAACAAUAGUUUAAGAAGCCAAAAAAGAGCUAGAAAGAUGGCUGAAAGAAUUAAACGAGAUGCCUGACUUCUUUUCAGAAUUCUAAUAAGCGUUAAACUAGAAAAAGCUAUCCUCUUUGAGUUUAAGUGAAUAUGAUGACAUUGUCAAAACAAUUGGAGCUUUCUCAAUUUUUUUGUAAGACUUAUAAGGAGCUUCAUAUUUUGAUCAAAAAUAGAAUAAUGAAUAAUGCAAAGUGUUUAAUGCUUAAUAGGUAUUUACUUUCCUUUAUGAGAACACUUCUAUCAAUUAAAAAAAUGCAACUACAAUAUUUUCAAAAGGAAUUAGUCAAGAUAAUAUCUCUUUAUAUAUCUCAUUUUGUAAAACAAUAAUUACUUAUAUGAGCGAAACAUCUUCACAUGAGGGUGUUAAUUUUGAUUCUUGGACUAGAUUUUUAAUUAACCUGUAUAAUUUAGAUGAUUUUGAUGAAGCUUAUGAUGUUUUUUUUGAUGAUUAAUUAAAAUACUUUGACUUCUAUAAGUUAGCUGUAAUAAAGAAUAACUAGAAUUAAAUAUCUCUUAAUAUGUGGUGCUUAGAUCCUUCUUUAGCCUUUAAGAAAUUGACAUAAAAAAAUAUUUAUUCCAUAAUUUUAACUUCCGGUACUUUAUCACCUAUGGAAUCUUGGUAAAGUGAAUUAUAAAUGGAGUUUAAAGUACAAUUAAGUAAUAAACAUGUCAUAGACAUUCGCAAUAAUGUUAGAGCAUUUUAACACUUAAGUUUCGAUUUUUCUUAUUAAAAAAGAGAAAAUGAAGAUUAAAUUAGAAACUUAGGAUUGGCCAUACUAAAUUUUUCAAAAAUAAUAAAGGGCGGAAUUAUUAUUGUAUUUUCUUCUUACGGCCUUAUGCAUAAUAUUAGGAGGAGAUGGGCUAAUUAAUAAUUGAUAUAAAGACUAAAUGAAGUGAAAAAAUGUUUAUGGGAAGAAUAAGGAAGUGCUUAAUUUCACAAUACAUUAGAAGUUUUUAAACAAAAUGUUCAAAAAGGAGCUAUUCUAUUUGCAGUUCAUAGAGGAAAAGUUGCAGAAGGAAUAGAUCUAUCUGAUGAUUUAUGCAGAGCAGUAUUUUUGAUCGGAAUUCCUUACCCUCCAUUGAAGGAUUAGAAAAUAAAAAUAAAGAAGGAAUUCUUAGAUUAAUAACUAGCAAAAAAUAAAUAAGGUUUGUCUAGUAAAGAUUGGUAUAUGCAAUAAGCUGUUAGAGCAACUAAUUAAGCAAUUGGAAGAGUUAUUAGGCAUAUUAAUGAUUAUGGGUAAUUAUUUUUACUAUGCUUAGAGUGAUAUUCUUCUGUGAUCAUAGAUUUUUAUGGUCGAAUAUGAAAAAUAGUCUAUCCAAAUGGGUUCAACCAGCCAUCCAGCCAUGGAAAAAUGAUGAAGAAGUUCUAUCUAAUCUGACAAAAUUUUUUUAGACAUAAACUUAAGAAUAAAAUGUAUUUAAACAGAUUUAUAAUCAAUAAGAUAACUAAAUUUAUUAAGAAUAAGAAAGAAAAAAUAUUUUUUAGGAAACUCAGAAAUAUGUGUAUUAAUAAUUUAUAUAGUGUUCUAAUGUGCAACCGCCUCUCGCUAUUCCAUCUCAAUAAUAAUAAAAUUAAAUUUAAUUAUCAAACGAUAUCUAAUUCCAAGAUUAUAUUAUAACAAAUAAUAAAAAAUAAGAAAAACGAAUAGAGGAAUUGUCAAGUUAAGAAUUGAUGGAAUUAUUAGAUUAAGAAUAUGAUUAAGGUUCAGAUUAAUGGUAAGAUGAUUUUUAAAAUUAAGAGAUUGAAGAAUAAUCUCAGUCUUCAGAAGAAUUAUUGGAAGAAUCUUAAAUAUCAUCCGAAGGAUCUUAGCAUGAAAGUGAAGGAAAUAAAAUAAAGAAGAUUAAAUCUAAUAAAACAAAUCUAAAUGAACACAAAAAAACAUGAA